AUGUCCGCCUCCGUCCUCGACUACCGCGCCGCCCUCGAGGUGCUCGGCGAGUACAAGCAGAAGGAUGGCCUCGACCUGCACGAGCUGAUGGACACCACCAAGCACGGUGGCCUCACGUACAACGAUUUCCUCCUUCUGCCUGGCUACAUUGGCUUUGCCGCCUCCCAGGUGACUCUUGAUGCCCCCAUCACCAAGCGCAUCACCCUUAAGACCCCCUUCGUCUCGUCCCCCAUGGACACGGUCACGGAGCACGAGAUGGCCAUCCACAUGGCUCUCCAGGGCGGUCUGGGUGUCAUUCACCACAACUGCUCGCCAGAGGCUCAGGCCGACAUGGUCCGCAAGGUCAAGCGAUACGAGAACGGUUUCAUCCUCGACCCCAUCGUCAUUGCCCGCAACACCACUGUUGGCGAGGCCAAGGCGCUUAAGGAGAAAUGGGGCUUUGGUGGUUUCCCCGUCACUGAGGACGGCAAGCUGGGAUCCAAGCUCCUGGGUAUUGUUACCAACCGAGACAUCCAGUUCGAGGAGGACCACGACCAUGACAUCUCCAACGUCAUGGUCACCGACCUCAUCACUGCCCCCGAUGGUGUCACUCUGGUCGAGGCGAAUAAGAUUCUUGCCAAGUCCAAGAAGGGCAAGCUCCCCAUCGUCGACAAGGACUUCAACCUCGUCUCCAUGAUCUCUCGUUCCGACUUGACCAAGAACCAGCACUUCCCCUUUGCUUCCAAGCUUCCUGACAGCAAGCAGCUCCUCUGCGCUGCCGCCAUUGGCACUCGCCCCGAGGACAAGCUCCGCCUGCAGAAGCUGGUUGAUGCUGGUCUUGACAUUGUCAUCCUGGACAGCUCCCAGGGUAACAGCAUGUACCAGAUUGAGAUGAUCAAGUGGAUCAAGAGCGAGUUCCCUGGCCUCGACGUCAUUGGCGGAAACGUCGUGACUCGUGAGCAGGCUGCCUCUCUGAUCGCUGCUGGUGUCGACGGUCUCCGAAUUGGUAUGGGCAGUGGAUCUGCCUGCAUCACCCAGGAGGUCAUGGCCGUCGGUCGUCCUCAGGCUGCUGCCGUGUACAGCGUCAGCCGCUUUGCUGCUCGGUUCGGCGUCCCCUGCAUUGCCGAUGGCGGUGUUCAGAACGUUGGCCACAUUGUCAAGGGUCUUGCCCUGGGUGCCUCGACUGUCAUGAUGGGUGGUCUCCUGGCUGGUACCACCGAGUCCCCCGGUACCUCGUUCGUGUCGCGCGAGGGUAAGCUUGUCAAGGCCUACCGAGGUAUGGGCAGCAUCGAUGCCAUGCAGGACAAGAAGGCUGGUGGUGGUGGCAAGGACAGCCAGAAGAGCAACGCCGGAACUGCCCGCUACUUCUCCGAAGGUGACAGCGUUCUGGUUGCUCAGGGUGUCUCUGGUGCCGUGGCUCACCGAGGCUCGAUCAACAAGUUCAUCCCCUACCUCGCUGCGGGCCUCAAGCACUCUCUCCAGGACAGCGGCAUGGUCAGCCUGGAGGGUAUGCACUCGGCGGCCGAGGCUGGUGACCUUCGCUUCGAGCUCCGCACGGCGAGCGCCCAGCUGGAGGGCAACGUCAACAUGGAGUCUUAUGAGAAGAAGCUCUACGCGUAA